AUGAUGAAACUUCUCACGCACAAUUUCCUGUCAUCAAGGUUUCUAAAGAAUGUGACUAAUGGCUAUCCACUGAUUCUUCGCGCGAAUCAAAUAGCCAAUAAGGAAGUGGAAUUCAAUGAGAAUUUCGUUCUGAAUAUGAUGCCUAAAUUGCAGCUUGAUUAUGCUUCCCUGUACAAUGCAGCUUAUUCUAUUGGCGAAGCUGGUAACAUGCCUGCGUCUCUACCAGAUGACUGGGAAACGAACACCCCGGUAUUAAUGGAGUUGCAUCGGGUAAUGCUGUGUGUCGAAAUUGUGGAUGGAGAGCUGGAAUGUCCCGAUACCGGUCGCAAAUUCCCAAUAAAAGAUGGUAUUCCCAAUUUGCUAGUGAGCGAGAAUGAAGUCUAA